GAUGGCCGGGCAGCGGCGGUGAGGCCUGGCAGCCUGGGCCUGCACCCGCCCGGAGACGGGGCCAGAAGGUGGGGGAGGGGGCUGGCCACCUCUCUGGCAAGCGGCAGCAGCGGGCCCAGCGGGGGCGCAGCGGCAGUUGUGGCCAUGGAGGCUUUCUAGCCGCUCUGACUGCAGAACCUCUGGCAGCGGGAAAGACAUGCAGCCCAGACUUCGGGGGCGGGAUCGGGCCGGGCAGACCGUCAUGCGCAGGCGCACUAUCACCUGACCGUGUCUCCCUUGCCGUAUCAUGGCGGCGCCCAGUUCUGCCCUUCGGACUCUUCAGCUUGCACAGACUAAAGGCCUGAAGAGGAUUUUCUCUGGUAUUCAACCUACUGGGAUUCCUCACCUGGGCAAUUACCUUGGUGCUAUCACCAAUUGGGUGAAGCUACAGGAAGAAUGCAGCUCUGUGUUAUACAGCAUUGUAGACCUCCAUUCCCUCACGAUACCAAAGGAGCCAGCUAUUCUGCGUGAAAGUAUCCUAGACAGCACUGCUGUUGUUCUUGCCUGUGGCAUAAAUCCACAGAAGUGCUUCCUUUUCCAACAAUCUCAGGUGCCUGAACAUGCAGAACUUGGCUGGAUUCUAGGGUGUUUCACAAGCAUGCCACGUUUGCAGCAUUUUCCUCACUGGAAGAUGAAGAAUGCCAGCCAAAUGAAUGAAGGAACUGUUGGUCUGUUCACCUAUCCUGUCCUUCAAGCUGCAGAUAUUCUUCUCUACAAGUCAACACAUGUUCCAGUUGGAGAAGAUCAAGUCCUGCACUUGGAGCUGACCCAGGAUACAGCCCGCCGCUUCAACAAGUUAUAUGGUGAAUUCUUUCCAGUACCCAGAGCCAUUUUAACUUCAAUGAAGAAGGUGAAGUCCCUCAGAGAUCCCACAUCCAAGAUGUCAAAAUCGGACCCUCAGAAGUUAGCCACGGUGAACAUAACAGAUAGCCCUGAGGAGAUAACACUGAAAUUCCGUAAGGCUGUCACAGACUUCACCUCCGAGGUGACCUACGACCCCGACAGCCGCCCGGGUGUCUCCAACCUUGUGGCCAUUCACUCCGCCAUAACAGGACUCAGCACGGAGGAAGUGGUGCACCAGAGUGUUGGUCUUGAUACUGCUCGCUACAAGGCAGUGGUAGCAGAGGCCGUCAUUGAAAAACUUGCUCCAAUCAGGAAUGAAUUCAAGAGACUAAAAGAUGACCGCUCUUACCUGGAGAAGGUUUUAUGGACCGGAGCAGAGAAGGCCAAAGAACUUGCAACUCCUGUGUAUCAGGAAAUCAGAAGACUGGUGGGGUUGCAUUAACCCUAAUUAGAAGCAGCUAGAAACUGGCACCUGUCAGCCGAUCUUCAUUCUCUUGACUCCGUAGUCUUGCAAGAGGACCUCCUUUUGUCUUUGGAUCCACAAGAGGAUUAGCUGCUGAAUGGUUCCUUCACACGCAUUAGAUAGGACCCGUCUUGGAGAUUCCAGAGAAGAACUUUUGUGCUGCUGCCUCUUUGCUUCCAUGUGAACCCGCUCAAAAACAGAACUUCUGAUUGGUCAGAAGUGCGGCAAAAAGAUGGGGGCAGCUAGCCUGGCACAAAAUUUUCUGAUUCGUUGUUUUCCACAUGUUCUUGUGUUAAAAAUUGGUCCUGUGCAGGGAUGCUUGAGGACUGCAUUGCAGUAUACAACUGUGAUGGGCAAGAGGCAGCUGUCUAGCGGAGUGAUCCCAGAAGCACCCAGUGCAGCUCUAGACCCACGAUUGCCGUUUUGCUUCUUAUGGACUUACUUCACCAUCAACCCUGGGCCCCUUUCUCUACCUUUAUGCUCUCAGAUCCUCGCAUGGCGGUUCUGUAACAAGGUUGUAAUCUAGACAAUGUUCAUGUGUACUUUCAGUGAAGUGGGAAAUGAAGUAGUCACAGCUUCUCCAGCCUCUUCCUCCCUGUGGAUUCUUCUAGCUCUCAUCCUUCCUGUCUCCUCCUCUCUCUAGGGCAAAUGUGGAAUCUUGCUCGUGGCUGUUUGUGGGUGAGAAGGAUGGAUAGAAGGAAGGAAUGGGAAAUGGGGCGGGGGGAGAGAAACAGGUGGGAGGAACUUCCUUUCCCACUGGAACUUUAAAGAUAUGCUCAUAUCUUGUGGGUUGUCAUCUGGCCACUCUACUCACAUUUGACUUACUCCUUUAAAAAAAAUAAAAAAUAGUUUUCCUUGCAAAACUAUUCAGAAUGAUAUUCAUUAGUUACCAACUUGAACACAGAGCUACAGUUCUAGUCAGGCCUUUUUCUGCCGAAAUAGGUCCUUAUCAUGAGAGGCAAGCUUCAGCUGCCAGAGAUUUAGUUCUCCAAAUUUCAAAAUCUGAAAAGCCGGAUGACAUUUGUAGCCAACAAGCUAGUGGAAGAGGCAGCAUUGCAAAGUGUUGAAAAACAAUGAAGGCUUUAUUUUCCUGUAUUUUGUGUAAAUUGUGUCUCACUGCACUGAUACUCACCAGCUGCCUUUGAACCACUGUAUCAAACCACUGUAUUAUCAUUUAAAUGGGUUCUGUGCUGCUAUGACAGAGAUGGCUUUAUGGCAAAUAGCAGCAGUGGGGGAGCAAACUGCUCGUUUUCUCCUUUGGGAGAUUAUUUGGAACAUGGAAAGUAUAAUGAAAGAGCAGCUGCCUUCUGCUAUUAAAUCAACAAGAGCCUAUCAAUGUCAAUAUGAUAGAAAAUAAUAAAAUGGUUGAAUUCUGGCUGAUUGGAAGAGAAAAAUAUAA